UGACAACAACAAAUUCCUAUUAUUAUAAUAUAAUACGCAACUCGUAAUCGUUUAUAACAAUCAACUAUAAAUGUUUCAUAUUAUAAUACUGUCCAAAACUAUUAUUAAAAAGCUCGUUUCGAUGCAUAUAUACAAAUUAUAAACCCACUCGAGUGUAGACCAAGAGCCAUAUCAUUAUAAUAUUGCAGUGUAUUAACCUAUCCGGCUAACUCGUGAAGAGUACUUAAUCGCUGUCAAUAACCGCGCAUAUACUACGAACCUAAUACCUACUUAGACCGCAAACAUGUCGAAAUCGUUCGUUGUUGGCCAUAUUAUGCGUUUGUGCGGUGUACGUAACUUUCCCGACGGCCUGUGCAGUCUCGACCAGCAGACAAACUAUCGCCGGAUAAAUCAGCCUCUUUAUCCGAUUGACGCACACACACACACGUCAGACGAUGUUCAAGUUCAACUCGUUCGUGGACCGUUGCCGCCGACUAUUCGAAGCGUUUUUCUCGUUGACGCUGAUCGCCGGGUGCCUGUUCAACAUCGUGUUGUCACCGUACGUCAUGUGCGUGAUGGAGACGUGUCACCAACAAGCGGAGGUUCUGGUGCAGGUCAACACCGUACUGCCCCGGACCUUGGCCAUCGUGUGCCUGGUGUCUCGGGCGAAGACCAUGUUGCACUGCGCUAACGGCGCGUUCCGCAGGUACGAGACCAAGACGCGCGACUACAAGACGUGUUUCCCGGACGGGGUGGGCAGCGUUUUCGUCACGUUCGUAGUGUCGGUGUACGCCUUCACCAUAUUUCCGACGAACGCGUACCGCGUGUACUUGAUCCACAGGGACGUUGGCGACAACACCGUCACCGUGUUCUUCGUGCUCAUGUACGCCCAGAACCUGUUCACGUGUUCUUCGGAAAUCCACUACGUGGCUCGCUGUUUCGAGCUGUACCGACGGUUCUGCCGGAUCAACGAGGACGUGUCCGCGCUCAAGUCGGCGACGGUCAUCGCCAACCGAUACCCUUCCGUUUUGCUGCAGUUGGCCGACGGACGCCGCUUCGGCCGCAAGACGACGCCCGCCCCGCAGUUGUCGUCCGCGACCGUGACGCGACCAACGGCCGGAAACGUCGAGCUGCUCCGGAUGAGGCACCAGUGCGUCCGGGACGCGGUCGGCGACCUCAACGACCUGUACGGCGUCCAACUGCUGUUGUCCCUGUGCGUCCUGUGCGUGAUGACAGUGAUCGAUGGCUACGGAGAGAUAUUUGGCGUGCACACGCAGGCCACGACAAAAAUUUUCUUGUACACGUGGCUGUCGCACUAUUUGUUCAGAUUUUGCGCGAUCGUGUUGACGACGCAUUUUACGAUGAAACAGGCGUAUAGAACAAAAAGUCUAACAACUGAUGUAAAUAAUCGACACUUAGAUAUCAGCACAAAGGAAGAGUUGUAUUUAUUUUCCAAUCAAAUUAUAAGUCACUCGAUGGAAUUCACUACCUGCGAUUUUUUCACAUUAAAUGCUCAUUUCAUUACUUCCACUAUUGCUGCAGUUACAACAUAUUUCAUUGUGUUAUUACAAUAUGUUCACUAAAAUAAAGAAAAUAGUAAUAAUACAAGCAAAUCAAGUCAUAAGUAAAUUCGUAAUAUUAUUUUAGUAUGAUAUUAUUAUGUUUUCGUA